AUGUUCCUCUUCAAAGGCAAAUCUAAGAAAGAUCGAAAAAAAUCCUUGAAAAGCUUAAAACCAAAAGAGUUAAAAAAGACGACAACUUUAUCAGAAAGUCACUUGACAACAAAAUUCGAGCCCCCUCUUCAAGUGCUUCUGCAGCCUCCCAGACGAAGCAUUGAUGUCCCUGUUGAGAAUCUAUACUUUAUAAACAUUAUUUCAUCAUUUUCUUUCUCUCUUUUUGCUUCAGUACCUUCUCUCUCUGUUCUUUUUUUAUUUUACUCUUUCUUAUUUCUGUUUACCUUUUUUUGUUUACUGUUUUUCUUUUUUUUGAUUUUGUUUCAUUUGUUCAGUCAUAUUUUUUCAUUAUUUUCCUUUCCUCUUGUCAUACUUGACUUCAUUCAUUUCACUUUCUUUCCUCAUUUCUUUCUAUAUUUUCUUUUCCUUCACAAUUACUCCACUUCUCCCACUUCCACUUCUAUUUCCCUCCUACCCUCUCUAAAUCUCUUUCUUUCUUUUAAUUCUUUCAAACCACCUGAAUACCUUUCUCUCAUCACUUUUAUAUCUUUUAAUUCCCUUUCUUUUUCACACUCCUCAUCCCCUUCCUCAGCUUGUUACUUUCUCUCUAUAAAAUCUUUCUUUAGCUCUUUUUUUACUCCCCUCCCAUUUUACUGUCUCUUUUUCCUUUUCUUUCCUCCCUCUUUAUUUAUUUGCCUUUACAUUUUUUUUAUUUCCUUAUGA